GGAGUGGGAAGAAGAUGAGGAGGUGGGCUGAGCUGUCCUUCUCAAUGCGCUGAUUUCAGGACGUGAUGGCACUGAUGGGAGCUCCACGACUUCUACCUGUGGAGAGAAAAUGGCCUUGAUGUAGGUAGUGUGGGUUUAUCCCUCUGUGUGAGGGUGUGAGCCUGUGACUCGGUGUGAGUAUGUGAGUGACAUGGAGAGAGAGCUCGUAUUGGCCGUACAAUGAACUUCUUUACAGUAUUUACAUGGGGAGAGUGUGUGCUUUAGGAAACUAGAUUCCUUCGGACUUCUCUGUUUCCGUCUCUCAUUGCCUAAUUGAAUGAUCAUUUUGCUUUCCCAUUCUAGUACUCAGAGCACAGCCACAGUGACUGCUCGUAGUGGAAAACAAUUCAACAGUCAAUGCACUCACAAUAGGGCACUUCUUCGGGGUGGCCAAUGGCCAUCUCCACCACGGUGACCUUGGUUUCUUUUUUCUCUUUUUUUCUUCUUCGGUGGAACUUAGAUCAUGGGAGCGGAAGUUAUGAGUGAAAUGAAACUUUGUCCCGACCCUGGGAAGAAUUUAUUCAACCAUCUGCUCAGAAAAAUUAAGCGGCCGAACAACGCUAACGCAUUUCAAAACUGCUGAGGUCUAUUAUGCUUUCUGACGACCCCCUGUUGCUAUAGAGUCUAUGAGUGGAAUUUUCAAGUUCCUAGUUGUAAAGCUAUGAGUAGAAAUUGGCGCUUUUGGAAAAGUAGAAGCAAAGCAUCGAGGAGAGGAGUGCAAAACAAGGUAGGAAUAGAGCAGCAUCGAGGUCGGCGGGGGGAGAGGAGUGCAAAACAAGAACCAUGGGUGAUGGUCAUGGAGAAGGGGAGGUUCAAAUGGUGCCCAAGUUCGGGAGAAAGGGAAAAGACAUUUUGCCAGCUGGUUGUAAUUGGUGGCUGUUAAUCAAUUUGCAUCCUUGUGAGCCAUGGCUCAUAUUCACACCUGCUGGGAAAUCCCUUCAGGUGUGGAACUACGAAGAUGGGAAACUGGUUGCCUCCUGGGUAGUCACUGGUGUGGAUGAUGUUCGUGAAGCUGGAUUCGUUCCGCAGAGAGAGAAUUGGAUUGUGGCAAGGCGCGACAAAAUAUAUGAAGUGUAUGAAUGCCAAGGCUCAAACUUGCGGCUUCUAACGCGACUGCAAACAGAAACGGGUGACAUCUCCACACGGAAAAUGGUUGUCCAUCAGAGCCUCCCUUGCCUUUUGGCAGGUUUCUAUCACAAGGACCUUUUUCUGUGGGACUGGAGGGGCAAAUGGGAGAAGACAAAGUUUGAAGGUCAUAACAAAAAUAUAAGUGCAUUGGUGUUUCAUCCGACUGAGGCACAGAUCUUUGCAAGUGCCUCACUGGAUAACACCAUUAAAGUGUGGAAUUUGGAGGAAAGGUCUAUUAUUCAAACCCUGAAUGAUGAUGGUCAAGGGAGAGUCUGGAGCAUGGGCUUCCGUCGUGGAGGUGAGAGAUCACUUCUGAUCACUUCCCACUGGGAAGACCAGUAUGUACGGGUGUGGGACUACAAGAGGGGCAGUUGCAUAGCACGAUGGAAAGCACACGAGAUACGUAUCAUGGCGUCUUUCUUCCAUCCGCAGUUGCCGUAUAUAUUUACUGCAUCAAGGGAUGGAGAGAUUAGAGUUUGGAGUGAGUCAAGCUACCGGCAAUUGUCCUCCUUUGCCUGCAAAUUGGAUGCGUAUGGGCUCCUCAACAUGAUCCCAAGUAAAUUUUCUAAUAAGCUCAUUCUUGCGGGUGAAGGUGAAUUCCAUGUCGUGGAGGUUGAAACAGGAAAGGAAGACAAGAAAGAGGAAGGGCAAAAGCAACAGGAGUCUCCUUGUGCAAAACCCGUUCAAGCAUCUUCUUCAUCAAUUAUGGCUGUUCUGGUCAAUGAACCAACAGCGGUAUCAAGAAAGGCAACGGAAGAGAUUGAACACACUGUCAAGGCGUUAGUCAAUGUCAAGCUGCAGCUUGAAGAGAAAAUUAAGGAAGUGAUAGGAAUGGUUGAGCAGAACAGCAGAAAAGCAGUUGAGGCAGUGAUGGUACAGCAUCGGAUAAAGGAGAGAAUCCAAGCCGAGAGAGUGCAAGAACUGGAGAAAGAGAUGCAAAGAAUGCAAAAGACAUUUGGAGAGUCCAAACAGAGGAUUGAGGAGGUGGAGAGACAAGCAGAGGGAGUGCAACGGAUGGAGGAAGAGACGAAAACAAUGAGAGGAAUAAUUGAGCAGUCCACACUGAAGAUUCAGGAGGUGCAGAGACAAGCGCAAAGGCUCCAGCAGCUGGAGAAACAGAUGCAAACAAUGACAGAGAGAUUUGAAAUGUCCAAACUGAGGAUUCAAGAGGUAGAGAGGACACUGGAUGGUGAGAUCAGUGGGCGCAAGGCAGAAGAAGAAUGCAGAGCACAUUUAGCUGAAAGGAUCUGCGAGCUAGAAAACAAAUUAGCAGAAGAGGUAGCCAAACGUCAAAGGGCGGAGGCCGCAUCUCCAACACUCGCGUCUAAUGUUUGCACCUCUGACGCUCAUCUGUUAAAGGAGUACUCCUUCAAAGAGCUCCAAGAUGCAACUGAUAAUUUUGACGUGAAGCGGAAAUUAGGAGGCGGGGAACAGUUUGAAAAUACUUACCUUGGGACACUACGAGAUGGUAGUCUUGUUACAGUGAGAAAGGUCAGAGAUCCACAGGCACAGCUGGAGACAGAGCUUGUGGACAGGGUGAGAACACUCCGCCAUCCCCAUCUUCUCACCUUGUUAGGAGUCUGUUACGAAGGGAGGUGCCUCGUCUACGAGCACAUGGAGCGCGGGAGCUUAAAGGACUGGAUCUCACAUCAUGAUGAAGAAAAUUCAGCAAGAGGUUUCCUGCCGUGGUAUGCCCGCUUUCGCGUAAUGGCUGAGGUUGCCCGGGCACUCUGCUUCCUGCACUCAGUUCCAUCUGCAUCGGGUGGUCCCAUCAUACAUCGGGCGAUCAAGCCAUCCAACAUUUUGCUGUCUGACAUCUUUGUGGCAAAGAUCUGCGGUGUGGACGAGGCGAUUCUUGACACAGACUCUGCUGGAGAGGUUGGGAAGAGGGGGACUCCCUUGCUUCUAUCCACAGAAGACGACUCCCACUACAUUGCGCCAGAGUAUUUGCAUCAACGAUUUCUUAGUGUCACUGAGAAGAUGGACAUCUAUGCAUUUGGCGUCACUAUCCUGGGGAUGCUGACUGGAAAUCUCUCGAAUGCAUUUGAAAUUAUUGAAGACGCAAUUGAGGAUGACGCAGCUUUCAAGAACGCUCUGGACCUCAACGCAGGCUGUUGGGAUGUUCACCUGGCUCAGGAAGUCGCAAAGUUGGGGUUGCGAUGCGCUAGUUUCAACAGACGCAGACGACCAAACAUGAUGGAACCAGAUCUAGGCAUUCUGGCAAUACUUGAGGGAGUUGCAAGGAAGGUUGACCUUGCACAGACUGCAGAGGACGGAUAGAAAAAAUCUGCAGCCACAUGGUCAAUCAGCCACAUCAUGGUGGGAGUGUGCACGGGCAGCACGGCACAGGCAGAGGAGUUCAGCCUGAAGUGCAUCAGUUGAAGUCAAACUGCGAGCUUGAUGUUGCUGAUGGCGUAGUUACCUUCAUUGGUGAGACGUGGCCAUCGAGCAAGCAACAAAAUGAAGUGUCUGUCGUGUCGAGAACUUACUUGUAAGCGAUUAUAGAGGGGAACAGGGUAAAGAAAAGUUAGCACAAGUACAGGCAUGUGUGGUGGUAUGAUCUUUUCCAGAACCCCAGGGCCUUAAGUCCUAUGUAGCAUAGCCACACACAGAAAGCCUCUCAUAUGUUUCCCUUCCUGCUGUUUCAAAUCACAGCUUGAUGACCGUUGAGAUUGAUGAGCACAAAUAAAAAUGGCAAUCUGAUCUGAUGCGGUAAGCCAGGUUCUUGUUUCCAGCUUGCUUGAGCAUGAUGGGUUGAAAAUUUCAAAUGAAAAUUUCGGAUUUUUAUUUCUUACCAGCCUCUGUAACGGUCUUCUCACUCUCACUCGAUUAUAAAAUAUGGGGUCGAAAUAGUCAGAUGGCUCGAGCAGCAAUUAAUUCUGACCAGUGUCACAAGGCAACGAUGUAGUACACCAGGGGCAGGUACUGAGGACUCUGAUCACAAAAUGAAGCUUGUACUUUAGU